UAGAAUCGGCUAACCCCCUUUGAUUCGUAAGACUAUAUGUGAAGUCUUAAGUAACUUAAACUGUACUGCGGCUUGUUUCACGAAUGUUUGUUCAUCUUAAACAUAGAUUCCGCUGCGACUGCUGCCAUGCAAUCGUCUCCAACUGUCCCUCUUUCCAAUGGCUUGCAAAUUCCAAUACUUGGACUUGGUACAUCACACCAUGGUGGCUACUCCAAUGAGGCAGUGCUCUACGCUCUGCGAGAGUGUGGUAUCAGACAUAUAGACACGGCAAAGCGGUAUGGCUGUGAGGAGGCUUUGGGCAAGGCUGUAGCAGAGAGCAGUGUGCCACGACAGGACCUCUGGCUCACCACCAAACUUUGGCCUGGAGACUAUGGCUAUCAGAGCACUAAAGAGGCCUUCCGGGCGUCCUGUGUCAGACUCGGUGUGGAAUACUUGGACCUGUAUCUGAUGCACUGGCCAGACUGCACAGUUCAGGGUCGGUCCAAUAGGGAGGUUCGGGCAGAGACAUGGAGGGCCAUGGAGGACCUGUAUGAUGAAGGGUUGUGUCAAGCAAUCGGAGUCAGCAACUUUCUGGUUCCACAUCUGGAGGAGUUGAAGGAGGACUGUGGAGUAGUCCCUCAUGUUAAUCAGGUGGAGUAUCAUCCCUUCCAGCAGCCCCGGGUGCUGAUGGACUACUGUUGUAAGGAGGGCAUUACCUUUGAGGGUUACUGUCCCCUUGCCAAAGGCCAAGCCUUAAUCCAUCCCACCAUCCUCCAGAUAGCCAACAAGUACGGACGUACAGCCUCCCAGAUCUGCAUUCGCUGGAGUAUUCAGAAUGGAGUUAUUACAAUCCCAAAGUCCACCAAACCAGAAAGGAUUCUCGAAAACUGUCAGGUGUUUGGGUUCCAACUGGAUGACACAGCCAUGACAGCGCUGAGUGCAUUGCAUGAUGGGAGACAUGUGUCCUGGGACCCAACACAUGUUGAGUGAGAGUUUUCGGGUUUACGCUGAAAGAGGACGAUAUGGAGUGCAUUAAGAGACUUCACAGCGACAAGAAGCUAAUUCACCUCACUUAUCCUCUUUGGAAAGGAUGAACAUCCAGGUUUUGUCCGAAGAUCACGACCUCAUAUUAUCACCAGUUAUCUCCUCUGUUCAGAACGAUGCACAAAAUUUUGUUUCUGUGGUUGAGAGUGAGAACGGAAUGAACUAGACUAGGAAAACAAAGCACAGUCCUGGUGUGCCCCCACCCCCCACCGGAUCCUGAAUCAACAGACUUCAUCAGUACUAGUGCUGCUCACAUCCCACAUGUGCCUUAAGUGAAGAGUAAUAGGUGUAGAAUAUGAACUGUGUGCAGGGAGGAAAAUCAGGUCUCUGUCAAAGCCACUGCUUUGGUCUGAAUGGAUUAAGACUUGUGGAUAUCCAGAAGUGUAUGAUGGUCUAAAUGGAUCAAGACUUGUGGAUAUCUAGCAGUGUAUGACGGGUGAAACAGAUGAUUUGAAAAUAUCUUUAUUGUCCUUGUUUUUAACUUUUUUUUUUUUAAACACUAAUCUUAUGUGUGAAUGAAAUAAAGGCACACAUUGACAUGA